GUUAGACCGUGCCAAGAAAAGAAAUUCACACACAAACCCAGCAGCCAACUUGCAUUCGUCAUCGCCUUGCUCGGAUCCACAUAUACCGUUUCCUUUCCCCACACUUGCGCGUCCUCGUCGGUAGAAGCUUUCAGUUGUCGCAGCUCCAGCACAGCAGCAGGCAAGCUCCCCGCCGUCGGCCGUUCAGCACUACCUACACGAUUGGUACCCGUUCUUUUAGAGUCUCAUCCAUCUGCCAGGUUGGCCUUGGUUUUUGGCCUGGGCACCCCCAAGUAGGUACCAGCGACCCACGAGUAAUAAGACAAGCAGGUAUUGGAUGCCAGGACAAGGCAAAGCAAGAAUAAAUUUUGAAAAAAAAGGGAAACAAGAAAACCAAGGCAAAAGAAGAAGGAAAAAAAAGGAAAUAGCUGGUUUUUUGUUGUUUGCCUGUGACGUCCUUCAUUCCACUCACUGGCAACACGUGCAAUAAUUUUUAUCAUUCACGCCAAUCUUCGAACAUCUGUACCGAUCAAAACCAAGACUCGCCGAACCGCGACCAAGCUGCAGCUAUAGCUGUAGCCAAGCCCUACACUGCUAAACGGGCUCAACGUCGAACCCAAUUGGACCCGAUCCAAAGCCGAACACCGCCAGGACGCGUGUGCUUCCGGGCCUCGAUAAACCGCAUUUCCUUUUCGCAGCCGAGCCUUGUCAAUUGCGCCCCUGAGGACCGAGGAUCAUAUCCCUUGCCGGAGUGGUGACGGCAGUCCAUGCUGAGCACCACACGCACGCCUGACCCACUGCCAAACGCCACUGUCAUCACCAAGCGAGACCCCUCCCUCCAGUCGCCAAUAUGGUUCGAAUAAUUCCCAGCAGGCUCAAGUCGAGCGCCUCCAUCUCCAACACAGCUUCCAGCAACAAUAGCCGAGCAACAAGUCCAAUGAGGAACAAAGGGGACUCAGCAAGCCCGGAAGGGCGCAGAGAGACAGGUUUGGUGUUGAAUAUUGUUAUUUUGAGGGGUCGCAACUUGGCCGCGAAAGAUAGAAGCGGAACUUCGGAUCCGUAUCUUGUUUUGAAUUGCGGCGAUUCCAAACACGUUACUGCAACGGUACCCAAAUCACUCAACCCCGAAUGGAACGAACAAUGCGAAUUUCCUAUCAACGGAGCACAACAUCUGCUCCUGGACGUCUGCGCUUGGGACAAGGACAGAUUUGGCAAGGAUUACAUGGGCGAAUUUGAUCUUGCAUUAGAGGAAAUUUUUCUGGACGAGAAGACGGAACAGCCACCGAAAUGGUACCCCCUGAAGAGCAAGCGACCCGGCAAGAAAACCAGUGUGGUUUCUGGAGAAGUCUUGUUGCAGUUCACCAUCUUCGAUUCCUCCAACCGCGAUGCCACACGCCGCGAUAUUUACAACAAACUCAUGAGCAUCGUCAAGGCUGCAGGCCCCGAGGUCGAUUCUUCGUCUAGGGACCCUACACCAACCCUCACACCAGUGUUGGCCCCGGUGCGCAAACCUAGCAGCUCAGGAAAUUCUCCGUCUCCACCCCUUCUCAGCAGGCGACAAACCUCGGAUCUUGGGGAGGGUGGGGAGAACGGAGACGAUGACUACGAGAUUUAUGACGACGAGACACCCGACGAGCCAGAAGAGGCCGAUGAUCCCAACCAGCCCGAGGUCAUUGAGAAAAGAAAACGAAGACUCAGGAUCAAGGGUCUAAAGCGCAAGAAGAGGGACAAUGGGUUCGAAUUCAGCAACAGCAGUUCCGACGUGGUUGGUAUUAUCUUCCUCGAGAUCCGCAGCAUCACCGACCUGCCCCCAGAGCACAACUUUACCAGGACUAGCUUCGACUGCGAUCCGUUUGUGGUGGCCUCGCUGGGCAAGAAGACGUACCGAACUCGGACGAUUCGACAUAAUUUGAACCCUGUUUUCAACGAAAAGAUGCUUUUCCAGGUUAUGAACCAUGAACAGCAAUAUUCUUUCUCUUUCACCGUUAUAGACCGCGACAAGUUCUCGGGUAAUGAUUUUAUUGCAUCCGUCAACUUGCCCAUCAAAGAGAUUAUGGACAAGGCUCCCAGGGCGGACCCGACGACCGGCCUAUACGAGCUCAAAGAUCCUCCAGAAUAUACGCCGGAGAAGCGGUCUCGGUUCAUGAGACUUAGUAUGUCCCGGUCCGCCUCUUCUGCAUCACUAUCUAAAUUGAGCCGGCCGUCAUUGAGCAAGUCUCCGUCGGUGGCCUCUACUACAGCACAAGGCUCUGGGACGCCAUCGCAAGCCAUACCGGCCCCCUCGACAUCGCCCGGUGCCAGUGGAAUGCUCUCAGAAGCGGUGGCCAGAUCCAACACAACUAACUCUGGACUGCUGACACCUUCCGAGAACGUCGGUGCGGCCGCUGCAGUUUCUGCUGCGGCGACUUCCGGUGGAGAGUUGAACCCAGACAGCGAUGACCCCUUCUUCGUGUCCUUCGAACUGCCUUUGAAAAUGAAGAAUCUUGAAAAGUGGGAGGACAAGCACAGCCCGGUGCUCUACAUCCGUGCCAAGUACAUGCCUUAUCCAGCACUCCGACAGCAGUUCUGGAGAGCUUUGCUGCGACAGUACGAUGCCAAUGAAAGCGGCGAGAUCAGCAAGGUGGAACUCACUACAAUGCUCGACACGUUAGGGUCGACUUUGAGAGACUCUACAAUCGACAGUUUCUUCCAACGGUUUCCCCACAAGGCUGCAAAUGGUGAGGACGGAGUAGAGAUCACCAUGGAUGAGGCAGUUCUUUGCCUCGAGGACCAACUAUCCAAAUCCAGGGCUGGCUCGACAAUUGGCGACAAAGUCAAGAAUAUACUGCCGGACGCCGAGAAGGUCAAGGGGCUGCUUUCGGUACCUGGCCACACGGCGUCGACGGCAUCGACUGGGUCGGACACAUCAGGCAGCGAUGACGCAACCCCGGUAGAGGGGUCAACAUCGACAACUCUGACCACAGAGGACAGUACCAUCAAAGUGCCGGAACUUAGUGACUCGGGCAUGGAGGGAGAUGUCCUUGAGCGCGGAGACGAUUUGAAUGACCGGGGCGAGGAGCAUGUCGUUAUGAUCAGAGAGUGUCCCAUCUGCCACCAGCCUCGACUCAACAGGCGGAAAGAUGCAGACAUUAUCACUCACAUCUCAACCUGUGCCAGCCAGGAUUGGCGGCAGGUCAACAACCUGAUGAUGGCAGGCUUCGUUACAGCCAGUCAGGCGCAUCGAAAGUGGUACUCCAAGGUCAUCACCAAGAUCUCUUACGGCGGCUACAAGCUCGGUGCCAACUCGGCCAACAUCUUGGUCCAAGACCGACUGACGGGCCAGAUCAACGAGGAGAAGAUGAGUGUCUAUGUGCGUCUGGGUAUCAGGCUGUUGUACAAGGGGCUGAAGUCCAAUAGUAUGGAGAACAAGAGGAUUCGGAAACUCCUAAAGAGCCUUAGCAUCAAGCAGGGCAAAAAGUACGAUGACCCUGCCUCCACGGCAGAGAUUCAAAAGUUUAUCGAGUUCCACAACUUGGACAUGUCCGAGGUGCUUCUGUCGAUUGAUGAGUUCAAGAGCUUCAACGAGUUUUUCUAUCGUGCGCUCAAGCCUGGUGCAAGGCCCUGCUCGGCGCCCGAUCGCCCACGCAUCAUCGUGUCCCCCGCGGAUUGCCGUUGUGUAGUGUUCAACCGCGUCGACGUGGCAACCAAGGUCUGGAUCAAGGGACGCGACUUUUCUGUCAAGAGAUUGCUGGGCGAUGCUUAUCCGGAGGAUGCCAAGCGAUACGAGAACGGAGGCGGUCUGGCUAUUUUCAGACUGGCACCGCAGGACUACCACCGCUUCCACAUUCCGGUCGACGGCGUGAUGGGCAGGCCAAAGACUAUUGCUGGCGAGUAUUAUACAGUCAACCCCAUGGCCAUCAGGUCUGCCCUGGACGUGUACGGCGAGAACGUGCGUGUCUUGGUGCCAAUCGACAGCCCCGAGUUUGGUCGGGUUAUGGUUGUAUGCAUCGGCGCCAUGAUGGUAGGCAGCACCGUAAUUACCAGACACGAGGGCGACGAGGUCAAGAGGGCGGAUGAGUUGGGCUACUUCAAAUUUGGAGGCAGCACGCUCGUGGUUCUCUUUGAGGAGGGCAAGAUGAGGUUCGAUGACGAUCUUGUGGACAACUCCAAUGGAGCACUUGAGACUCUGGUCCGUGUUGGCAUGUCAGUAGGACAUCAUGUCAAUGAGCCUCAGUGGACACCAGACAUGCGCAAGAACGAGAAUGAGAUCACGGAACAGGACAAGAAAGAUGCCAAGCGUCGCAUCCAGGGUGCCGAGUUCAGCGACAUGACACCCGAAGACAGCGGGCCUGAUGAGAGCCCGCCGAAGCCAUCGGCCAAGCCAUCGCUAACAACAAGGAUUGCGGGCUGAUGAUUAAAAGUUGAAAGUAUUAAAAGGCGAGCAUAAAGUGCGGUUGGCGUUUGCUAGGUGGGCGCAACUCUUCACAUGAUUUUGUUAUUGUUGUUUUAAUUUUUAUAUAUUUUUUUAUUAUCCUCAUUACACCCCCUUGUUGCAGCCAAGAAACCAGGGCCAAGGACACACAUACAUGUAUAGACUCAGCGGAUUGUGAGGAAGAGUAGUUUUUUUUUUUACUCUUCUAUAUUUUUGAACGUCAUUAUAUAGACAGACGCAGACAUUCAUUUCUGUGGAAUUAUUGUUCUGCUAUGGGCGGCAUACAUGAAUAAAGAAGCAUUCAGCAUGGAUCACCAAAAAAAAAGAAAAAAAAACAUAUGCCCCAACCUUGGGUGUAUACAACCUUACUUAUCUUGGACCCUGGGGGUGAACCGCCUAUCCUCGUAUCUUUGCCGCUACUGCAUCCACCGAGCAUCAUAGUCAAAAACACCACCAUGCCUCUCCCUCAAGUGAUGGUAGCAUCCACCCGCAGUGUCAAACGUCGCCAGACACUUCCAGCAUAUGUGGCACUUGCAACCCAGGCACGUCAUGUGGUUGCAUCCCUCGGUCUUUUCGAUAGCUGUGCCACACCGCGGGCAGUCCUUGACGCCCAGCUCCUUCUUGACCCUCUCGAGGGCCGCAUGCCCGCCCGAGGCCAAGUCGCGGUGAUCGGCGCAGGACAUGCCCUCAUGCAGCGCGUGGCACGCCGUGCAUGUCGUCGCCAUGCAUUGCGGGCACGUAAAGCUUGCGGGUUUGGUGGUGGUGCUGCUGUUGCUGGUGGUGCAGCGGUAGAUGCGCCCACAGUCUGGCGUGGGACAGUACCGGAACAGAUCCGGGUGCCGGCGGAUGUAGCCCGUGAAGCUGGCCUCGAGGGCGUCCUCGAAGCUCGUCGACGAUAUGUGCGAUUGCAGCUCCGGCAGCGGCAGGGGGGCUUGGCAGGUGUUCGCGGCGCCGACGCAGCACAGCGUGUACUGCGUCGCGGCCGUCAGCUCGGAUUGGCUCAUGUCGGCGAGGCAGCCUGUGCAGUAGACGUGGCCGCAUGUGGUGGUGACGGCGUCGUCGGCUGGUGUCCAGCACACGGAGCAGUCGGUCUCUUCUUGGUCUUCUCCGGCCGGUAUCUCGGCAUCAGGACGGGACGCGUCCUUUGCGGCGAUGAACUUGAUUGCUUCCUGGUAGUCCGCCUCGGUGCCUGUGCAGACGAUGCGCUUGGGCUUGCUGAUGAUGUCAAAGGCCACCUUGCCCUCGCCGCCGAGGUGCGUGGUCAAGGCCCUGAAGCCGCCGUGGCACGCCCACAGGAAGUCUUUCUGGGACAGCUCAAUGACAUGUUGGUCAUCGGCAGCAUGCUUGUCCAGGAGCGAGGUGAUGAGCCCCUUGACGAGCUCCCGAUCAUUGGCAUUUCCAAACAAUCGAAGCUGGCACCGCCGCCUGUCGAUGGUGACCACGACACGAUGCGACUUGAAGAAGCCGUUCAAACCCCGCCUGAAGGCUACAUCCUUGGUGACAAUGGACCAGUGGCUCUUCUCUAGCUUCAUGAGCUCGCCGCCAACGAUUUCAGCCAGCGUCCUCUGCGCCGCCGCUACGACUGUUUUAUCGUCCGCCUGUAGCCGCAAGACUCUGUGCCCCUUUUCGGGCGGAUAUGCAUUGAACAGGAUAUGCUGAUCCUCCCACUGCACCCUUUGCGCCUCCAGCCGGUCGCGUAGGACGCUGUAGAUACGUGUUGCUAGCUUGAACUUGGCGACAGUGAUGUGUUGGACCGUGAGCUUGGGGGCUGGGUUGGAUAGGAAACCGAGGCGAGGAGGUCUGAUUUGCCCAUUGUUGAGGGUCUCGGCCGCUAUCCUGGCGUCUGUCUCAUCCGCAAAGGUCGCCUGGGCUUUGAUACGCUUCCCCUGCCCGGAUUUUAUCACCAUCCAGCUCUCCAAAGGCCCGAUCUCUUCGAGCAUCAUUUUGACCCUAGCGAUCAGUUCCGUGGCCCUGACUCUGUAAGUUUCCUUGCCGAGCUCUACGUGUUUGAUUUCCUGCCGGUACGCAUCCGAGAUGGAAUUCUUGACAUCCUCGGCCGUGAUGGCGUUGUCGAUUUCGGUCAACAUCACAGUUCGGGCCUCAUGGUCCCUGAAGCCCCCAGGGAGCGCACCGACCUUUAUCACCUGUCCAUCAAUCUUGAAGGUUCCGGCGACGAAUCUGUCGUGAACUUUUUGCGCGGCAUUCCUCGAGUAAAAGUUGAUCCAGACCGUCCGCAUGGGCCGGUACCAUGAGCAGUGCACCCUCCGGCAGUCGACGCGGUGCAGACCCGAGCCCUGCGGUUCGGGGACUUCUGUGCGAACGGCAGUGAUUUCGGACCCUGACGCCGUCAUUGUGUUUCUAACGACCGUGGCAAACUCGGGAUCCUCUGCCCGUAGGUCCGCAUUGCGGUCGCCGGGUCGGAUCCUUACCGUGAUCUCCUGGGGCACGUCGACGCCGCUGUCACGCAGCAUCUGAAUGAUUGUGUCUUGGGUGCUGCCUUCCGGGAUAUUGCCAAGACGGACGGCUGAAAAGUCCGUCGUGAGCGAGACCUUGGAUACGCUGCACCCGUCUCCGUAACGGACGAUUGCACCUCCAAAGACUCGCGUCCAGUCGUCUUGCUGCUCAUCAGCCUCAGGCUGCUCGGCAUAGCCAUCUAUAACCCGUGAUGGUGCUUGUGAAGCAUCGUGCUGGAACAGACACGCCUCGCCGCUCCUGCACUCACCCCUGGCGAAGUAGCGGCAGGGCAGUUGACUACUGCGUGGGACCGUGGCAUCUGCAUCCGCAGAGGCCUCGGCGUCCUCAAUCUCAGUUCGCGCGGGGGUCUGGUGGAGGAAGACGCACGCAUCCCCACGCUUGCAGGCCCCGGCGAGGAAAUAGUGGCACGUUACCGCCUUCUUGGAGUACUGCUGCACCGUGUUCUGCUCCGGCCGGGCCAUGUCGCGCGGGGUGACGUGUGGAAACGGACAGGAUGUGCCCUUGGCGCAGCGGCCGCUGGCGAAAAAUCGACAUGUGGUGGCGGCUGGCCGGGUUCGGAUAGGUAUGUUGUGCUCCAUGGCAUGAAUCAAGGCUGAACUGAAAUUACGGUUGAUGGUUAAAUUGGAAAAAAAAAAAAGGAAAGGCUUCCUCGUCAGUCAUCUGGUGCUAACUUGAGGACUUGGAGCGCAAGCCUGGGAAGGAGAAGACCACAGCGGGGGGAAUCACGUGUACAUCAUGUUGUGUAACCACAUUGCGAUUUUCAUGAUCAAUUAUCGAAAGGGGG